ACCCAUGUUUUAUCCAUGGGUCGCGAAAAGCCCGCUCGGCCCGGUGUCUCGCUCCCAAUCGUCUCGCGCGUCUCCUACCAAUCCCCUCCCGUCCUCCUCCCCCCAAUCCCGUUCUGCCCAGCGCCGCUCCACCUCCUAGGCCACCACCCGCCCUUCUCCUCCUCCCAAGCCUCGUCUCCCCACCUCGCCGGCAGAUCUCCUCCGUGCAUCCGUCGAGGAGCUCGAGAUGGAGCAGGGUCGUCACCUCCCCAUCUCCCGAUGCCCGCCUCGGCCGGCCUCCUCUCCGGCGAGCCACCAUCGCCCGCGUCCUCCCGCUCUAGGUCAUCAAGUCCAAGGACGAGCAGUGAGGCAAGGACGAGCGGCUUUGCCUGCCACAACCACGCUCGCCUCGUCUUCGUCAGAUCCGGCGAGGCAGGGCCAUGGGAAUCCCACGGAGGAAACCCUAGCCGCAUUUCCCCCAAUCCGCUCGUGAGCCUCCUCUCCGUCGCGUCUGGGCGGCCAGCGAGAGGAUCCCCUCCUCCAUCGCUCCCCUUUUUCACUAGGCAGGGAAGAAGGUGCAGCGCCGCCGUCUUCACCGCAGGGGAGCAAGCUGACGGAUUCCAUGGCGCUGCCAUCGUCUUCAGCCUCGCGUCCAAGGCAGAGCCUACAGUACAUAACAGUAGGAGUGUGGGUCGUCCCUGCAGAGGGCAUGGGGUCUUGACUCGCAGCCUGCCGGUCAGGGGCGGCCGGCGCUGCUUGGGGAGGUUUCAGCUGUGUGCGACGGCGAGCAAUUCCGAUUCAUAUAUUGCUAAGGUGAACCUUCUGCCAAUUAUUCCCCUCUGCUCAUUAUCUCUCUCUAUGCAUUGGCCAGUGAGAGCAUCAAGAGGAACUUGCUGGCGACCAAGAUCGCGUGAAGCCUCAUGGGGAGUGGAUGUACAAUAUUCUAUACACGAGGUCCCAGCCAUCCUACAAAUUGGUCCAUGGGCACACUCUAGGAUAACCAGAUAUGUAAUUGUAGGCUUGGAUUUUUAA